GUUUACGUACACUCUAAUUCUCUUAAUGCACCCAACUCAGUCUCAACUCGAUUCAACUUACCCUCCUUCGUACUUCCACCACCACUUUCCUGAUACAUGAACCCGGUCUCCUAGGACAUAACAUCGAAAAUGGCCUCGAUCAAUAUGCUCCCUGAAGAACUCACUGAACAAAUUCUCUGUCUCUGUGUUACUGCGCCUUUUGACCCUCCUCCUCCUCGCCCAAAGUGGUUGGCUUCUACUACCCCUACUUCCCCGCCGGUGGUAAAAAGGCGCAGCUCUUCAGUAAUCCGGAAUCGUCUUGCCCCUCUUCUCGUCUCAAAAAAAUUCCACCGCAUCGCUCUUCCUCAUUAUUACUCUAUUGUCCAUAUAGCGUCCCCGGAUCAGGCAACAGCUCUUCUCCAUACUCUGCGGACUCAGGAACACUUAGUAGCUCCAUACGUCCAAAGGUUCGUUUCCGCGGGCAUUUUUCCCCAACUUGGUGCCAUCCUUCAGUGCUGCAAAAAUAUUCGGGAUAUCGAUAUCUGCCUAGAUUCAGGCCAUACUUCUUCUGGUGGGGUGGAUCUCGCUACGAAAGAGUUUUGUGAUGCGUUAAAUGGCUUGCGAGGCAUUGGUUAUCUUUCCUUGCGUAAAGCACCAAAUGCUUAUUUGACGCUUCCACGGAUCCGAUAUGUCUUGACAAGGCUAGCUGCUGCAGUCGAAAGUUGGGGUCGCCUGGAGUCAGCCAAUGUUGCGUUCCGCAUGUCGGAUGAUAAUCCACAGGCACUACUAGCGAUGGCUUAUUCUACGGUUUCACAAGGCCUUCCUUCUCUCUCGGUACUUACAUCAACGUCGUUAUCUGCCUCUACUCCUGUGUCAGAUACUUCGCCACCCACGUCACCCUUGAUCAAUAGCCCUUCUUCUCCUGCAGGCGGUGGACCCAUAGAUUUAUUGACCAAUGCAUUGGCCAAAUCUCCGUCUCUACACACAUUCGCCACGCAAGUUCCAAGCGUCUGGAAUGAAGCCAUUCUUCGCGUGUCACAGAACCCCUCUCUACAAAAAAUUGUCUUGGGUGACCCCAAAACGGGCGUAUUGAUCACAGGAUUGUUUAUGGCUGAGUCUAAGAAGCACCCGAGACUGGUAGAGCUGAUCAAGGCUGGAACCUUAAUGGUCAGAACGCGUGCUUAUACUUUGGGCAAUUUUGGAAACAGUACGGCAAUUUGUCUGUGUGCAACUGGUUACAUUACUGACGUUGCUAGCAGUUGCCCCAUCUGUAUCAACACCGUCUACACCCCAGUCUAAAUUCAAUAUCAAUGCUACAGCUCAAUCCGAUCGCGCCCUGGCUAUUCGAGGCUUAAUUGCAUGAACUGCAUGGCUGCCUCCUCCCCCUUCCGAUUCUUUUGAGUAGGACUACAAUUCAUUUCCGAGCUAUUAUCGGUGCUAAAUUAGGCUCACAGGCGGUAACUGCAUAGCUUUACCUCUGUGCUUUGUACUGUUAAUGUAGAAAUUCAUUUUGCCUAUCUUACUCGCACAAUUCAUGACCUAUAUCUGUGUAAUCUUAUACUCGGACAUUCCUUUCCGUAAUUCCUUGUACAUAUGUAUUACGAUCCGGGAUUAUGCCAUUUUCAACGUUCAUAAAUGCAAAAAAAAA